AUGCAGGAAUGUGUUUCUGAGUUUAUAAGCUUUGUGACUGGAGAAGCAUCUGACAAGUGUCACAAAGAGAAGCGCAAGACAGUGAAUGGAGAUGACAUUUGCUGGGCUCUUGCAACUCUUGGCUUCGAUGAUUAUGCUGAACCAUUGAAGAGGUAUUUGCAUAGGUACAGAGAAUUGGAAGGAGAGAAGGCGGCUCACCAAGGCAAGGCCAACAGUAGUGAAGAAAGAAACGAAGUGUCACCACCAAGGACAAGUACCUCUAGUCCCUUAAAGUUCAAUGUGCUUGAAAGGGGAAAUAGCUCGCUCUCCCGGCGAUUUGAGUGA